AUGAGCGCAAUCGGAUUGCUGAAGGACGCUUCAGGACUUCCUUCAGCUGCCAGCUGCCAGACGACGACGCGAGAGACAGAGAACGCGACUGACUCCAUUAAGCGAUCCAAAGUGACGAGGACGAUAAUCCUGCAAGCGUCGGGGACACGAGUUAAUGGGAGUUCCCUGGAUUCUAAGAAAAAAAACAAAAAAGCAAUAGUUUGCUGGUAUUGGUCAACUUAUAUACUAAACAAAAAUGGAACUUCCUGGGACAUCGAAGAAGAAGAAGCUGGCUGGAAAGCUGAUUGGAACAGCCAGCAACAUCCAUCAAACGAAGAACCACAAUCCUGGUGCCGAGGAACGAAAGUUGCUGAGAUGGACGAGUCAUCAGCCUCGAGUGAAAUGCUCAACGCCAUCGGGCGAAAAGGUCGAAGAUAUAAGACAAAUGGUCAGGAAAGAAUUGCGAGAAGGGAGGCGCCCUGCGAACGCGCCAAUAUUUUUCUUCCUGGAACCUCGAGUGGAUGGACAAUCUUGAAGGAAUCUCCCCCCUCCCUUAACACCCUCCAUCUUUUCCCUCCAACUCAUCCUAUUCUUGAAUCUCCAUCCCUUCCCAUUCCUCGACCUUCCUCCCAACUUCCUUCCCCUUCCCCAACUCCCACAAUGCUCCACACACUACCUCCCUCCCCUCCCGUCCUCACCCAUUGGCUGAGGAAGACUUGGACGGAUAACUGGAGCAACUUAGAACAGGAAUACGACGGCUUGGAAAAAGCUCAUUCAGAAAACUGGACGAGUCAGAAACUGCAGGAGGGAUCUCCUUCCCCGUUACCUCUCCCCCACCUUCCCCCAAACCUCUUCCUACUCCAUGAAUCCCCUGUUCCCCUUUCCCCUCCUCCACCUUCCCCAACUUCUCCUACUCAUGAAUCCCCUUCCCUUUCCCCUCCUCCACCUUCCCCAAUCUCUCCUACUCAUGAAUCCCCUUCCCUUUCCCCUCCUCCACCUUACCCCCAACAAUCUUCCUACUCAUGGAAUCCCCUUCCCUUUCACCCUCCUCCACCUUCCCCAAACCUCCUUCCUACUGCAAUGAAUACCCCUUCCCUUUCACCCCUCCUCCCACCUUCCCAAAUCUAUCCUACUCAUGAAUCCCCUUCCUUUCACCCCUCCAACCACCUUCCCCAAUCUACUCACCACCAUCAAUUCAACCCUUACCCCUUUACCCUUUCCCUCCAUCCCCUUCCCCAAUAUCUCCUACUCAAUGAAUCCCCUUCCCUUUCCCCUCCUCCACCUUUCCCCAAUCUUCCUCCUACUCAUGAAAUCCCCUUGCCCUUUCAACCUCCUCCAAACCUUCCCACCAAUCUCUACCUACUCAUGAAUCCCCUUGCCUUUCCCAUUCCAUCCAACCUUCCCCAAUUCUCCUACUGUCAUGAAAUCCCCGUUCCCUUUCCACCCUCCUCCACCUUCAACCCCAACUUCUCAACUACUCAAUGA